AUGAACAACAAAGUUCCCCUGCUGGUAGGCUCCAGCAAUUAUAUCGAAUGGCAUCGAACCUUCGCCCGCGUGUCCAAAGACAAAGAUAGUCUCGGUCUCGCACAAGACAGCAACGCUGACAACGAAGCUGACGCCGCCGAAACCCCUGCCCAAAAUCCCUCGAACACCUCAGUCUUCAUACCCGACAACACUGCUUUCGCUCGUUUUCAGCAUGAUCAUAGGCAAUAUGAGAAAGGUCAAAAGAAAAUCAAGACUGCGCGCAAACUUAUCACAAGCUCUGUCAGUCCUAUCAUUGCGACACGCAUCCAAAACAAGGAUGAUCCUGUUGAAGCAUACGAGUUCUUGAAGAAAACAUACAAGGUCUCGAAUACGAAUGCGCGACAAAAGUUGCUUGCUCAACUCAGAGACACCACUCUCAACAAGUACAAGUUCAAUGUCGAAAACUAUGUCAGCAAGGUAUUGGAGAUUCGUGAGGAUCUACUCGAAUACGACGAAGAACUCAGCGACGAAGAAGUCUCUGAGUAUCUCCUUUCGGGGCUUCCGGACUGCUAUGCUGGGUUCAAGGAACAUUACGGUUGGCUUAUGCGCUUCCGCGGCGAUCCUGAUGGACACGAUCUUCAAGCUCUCACCGAAGAACUUAUCAAGGAGAGCGCGCGACGUGACGAAACUGCCAAAGCCAAGAAAUUCAAAGCAGCCAUUUCAUGA